GAGGGGGGACCCCUCUCUUAACUUUGCAGCCGUCUGGAGGAUGGUUGCUUCUGAUUGGUUUGGGAAAAUAAGCCUUAAACCAUUACAAGCCAAUGAGAGUGCUUGGCUGCCUACAUAAGGUAGCUGCCGCGGUGCGAAAGUGUUGAAGUUUUGCCUUCUCUAUCGGUGUUAAGUUUCUCUGUUCUAUAGACUUUCUGCUUGAGAGUGUUUCGCUCUUGUGCAAGAGGACAUCUGGAAGUGUACACAGUCCAUCAUUUUUCAAGUUUCAUAAGGCACAAUGUCUGCAUCAGCAAAUGAAAGGGGCCCUCAAAAGCUCCGUUUCUUUGACUGGCUGGUUAAUCAGAUCGACAGUAGAGCAUAUGAGGGCUUAUACUGGCUGGAUGAGAAGCGCACAACCUUUCGUAUCCCUUGGAAACAUAAUUCAAGAAAGAAUCUUGUGGCAGAUGAUUACAAGAUUUUCCAGGAGUGGGCUGCUGUUGGAGGAAAAUAUGAAGAAGGUUCAUCAAACCCAUCCAAAUGGAAAACCAACUUCCGCUGUGCCUUGAAGAGUACAAACCGGUUUGAGUUACUGAGUUCCAUGCAAGACCCUGAUCCUCAUCAUGUGUAUAAAAUCAUCCCAUUCAACACAGUAACAGAAGCCACCCCCCCUGUUGAUACAAACAAUGGGAGUAACCCUGAUGAUGAUCCAUUGCGUAUCAGCCCCCACAGUGAAGGACUUCCAGCUCUUUCCCAGCCUACACCUCUCAUACAGCAGGGGAUAGAAGUUACUUUUGGAACUUUGUCACUGGGAAAUCUAGGCCCAGUGCAGAAUGGAAAUGUAACUGCAAACUGCUGCCCAUACAAUGGUGAUACACUCAGAUGGAUUAUUCAGCAAGCCAACCUGAAACAAAGUGAAGUUCAGCUGGUCUCAUGGAGCCCUGCCCAAGUUGAAAACACUGAUAAUCCUUUUGCUGCAUGUGGACAAGACUAUUGUCAAACAACUCUGCAUGUUGACCAAAAUGGCUGCCUGCCACUAGGAAAUGGAGUGCUGAAUUCCCCUGUGGAAAAUAGCUGUUAUGAACCCAUGUCCGUACCAAGUGUGAAUUCCCAAACAUUGGCUACACUUCCAUUGCAGUACAUUCAACAAAAUACACAUCGUGGCCCAGAUCAAUUUAAUAAUGUUGGGGAAACACCACACAAUAACAACUGCUUCAUCCAAAGUGUUUUUGUGAAUGAGGAGCCUCGGGGAGAUGCCAUGAUGAUGAUCAAUGCAGUUGGUAAUGACUAUCAAAUGCCAGCAAACCAGCAAGCCACAGCAGAGCAGAACCUGCUUGUGCCUCCAGCUGUCCUUUGUCCAGCAGAACAAACCCUUCUCAACUCUGCUCCAUUGCUGAACAAUCCAGGAGCCAUCACCUCUCAUCUAGAUGUCUCCAUCUAUUACCGUGGGAGGUUACUACAUGAAACUGAAAUGACAGCGAACAGCUGCAUGUUUACUUACAACAAGCAUCACCACUGUGGCCCUGCUUUGGGCAACCCCCAGAUAGUCCAGUUUCCAAACCCAGAGGAACUUCCUGAUCGGAAGCAAGUGAAGCAUACCUUGAUCCUGCUGCAGAAUGCAGGCUUGGUGCUGUAUGAAAAGAACCAUAAAAUCUGUGUGAAACGACUGGAUAAAUGUAAAGUCUACUGGGCAUUCUCUAAACAGCUGGAUAACAUAGCUCAGCAUUCACAAUUCAAAUGUUUGCUACGGGAAACAGAAACUGAGAUAUUUGACUACAAACAAUUUUUUCAAGAACUAAAGGAUUUCCAUGAAAAUCGAAGAUCAACCUCUCCUGACUACACUAUCUAUCUGUGCUUUGGGCAGUGCUUCUCUGCUGCUAGACCCAAGGAGUCUAAACUAAUCUUGGUGAAGUUGGUGCCAAAGUUCUGUAGAGAGUGGCAUGAAUAUGUGCUGAGGGAAGGAUCCUCAUCUUUGAGCAGUGACAACAUGAGCCUACAAAUUUCCUACAGUCUGAUGGAUAUGAUAGAACAAUAUCUUAUGGACAACUGAGGAAGCACCUUGGAUACUUUGUUCCUGGUUGGCAACUUAACUUGUACAGUUCAGGGAGGGGAUUGAGAGAGUACAAUAAACCCCCACAUUAUCUGUUAUCAAUGUUAUAUUGCCCUGCCUAGUUUGUACCACUUGAAGAGUCUGGAAGUUCAUGGGCUGUGGGAUGCAGCUGAAAAGGGCAUUCCAUAUACUGAGUUCUCUCCCAUAACAUACAGAAACACCCCAUUGUGUGACAUUACUGGGAGCAUCUCCAUCUCUGCCUUCAGGAUGUGGUGGACUCCUUAACAGGAUCAAGUCACGGGGUGUUCAUAUUAUGGGGAAGGAUAUAGCAAUAUUGCUAUAAUGUAUAACACACGUGCACACGUAUAUAAAGCAUAAUGUAGGUUCUGGCCUGCAGACCAGGGACAGUCCAGAUGUUUGGGAUAUUGCCAAUGCUAUCUGAAUAACAGAUGUAGUUUUGUGCCUGCCAGCCCACCCUGAAUGAGUCUCAUCAGUUCUCUUAGGGAAGGCUUAUGAUCAUAACCUUGUGUACUUUACCCUAGCAAAACUAUUGUGGAAACUGUGUGCCUUACAUAGCGUUUUUUAAAAUUUGUUUUUGUUUUUCA